AUGACAUCUUUUCGUAAUUUAGCAAUGUCAGUCGGCGAAGACCAAGAUCAAGAAGAAGAAAAGAGCAUUUUCCAUCAUGGUACCGUCAACAAUUUGGCCAAAAUGUUUGGUCAAAGUACAUCUAGUCAAAGUUAUAAUUCUCGACAACGUAAAGUGCCAAACGUUGGUGGGGAACAAUCUCCAAUGAACAGAAAUGUAAAAUCGAAGAUCAAUGCUACAAAUUCCAAUACUUAUUCAAAUCCGCCAUUAAACCAUUCUAAUUCUAAUGAUGAUGAAAACAUCACCCGAGAAAACUUUAGACCAUCUACUCGAGUUAAAAAUGGAACUCAACUGUUGACCAAGAAUAAUCCUGAUAGCGUAACCGACAACGUAGCAGGACGCAAAACAAACACUAAUGUUAAUGUAAAAGGGAAGAACAACCGUUUACCUACUAAAGUAAUCAAUCACUUAUCCAAUCAAGAUAAUUCUCCAAGUGUUUUUAAAGUCAAGUUAAAAAAAGUCGGUAUUGAGAAAUUAUUACAAGAAGACGAAGAGAAAAGGAAAGCAAGUGUUCAAGAUGAACAAAUGAAUCAAUCGUCCUUCGAUACUGUGAAUGCCAAACUGAACUACCAAAUACCGCAACGAACAAAAAUGGAUGAUGAUGAUGACCAUAAUAGAUAUGUGAUAGCAAGUAAACAAUCACCAAAUCAACUUGACCAUGAUAUGAAUUACAAUUCAAUCCGGACUAAUCCAAUUACGGAUAAUACCGAUUCAAACAUUGAGAAUAAAAUGAUAGAAGAGAAUAACACUAUAAGUGAGGAUAAAGAAAGUGCAAAAGAUAAUUCUCAGAUAACCUCAUUGCCUCCUUUGGAAAAGAAAACAGCAAAGCCUGAUAAUGUUGAUAUCACUUCAGGUCUAUCAGUUUACACUAAAGGCAAGUAUGUACCUCCUCCUUCAGUCAAAGAAAAUUAUGACCAUAAUCAAUCCGUUAAACCCAACAGUAACGAUUUUACCCCCUCGCUUGGUAAAAAAUCCAACACUAGCGCCAGGUUAGCCUACAAUUUUGCUAAAACUGGGAAAAAGAAAACUUCAAAAGACAAUACACCAAUUCUUCCAAAGUCGCAAAAUUCAGCCUAUCAAUUUAGUAAAACUGCAUCCAGUCCUAAAAAUCAACCAACCAGAGAUGAUAACCAAGACGAAAUAAGCUAUAGCACUUCUAAUAUAUCAUCAUCUAAAUCUGUGACUGACGCGAAUAAUUUUGGCCAUUUUAUCAAAAAGAAGUCGAAAAGCGUGGAUAAAAAUCCACGCAUAGUAGAACAAAUUAAUUCCAAUUCAAUAAAUGAGCAAAACAGUGACCAACAGUUACCGGCAUCUGGUAAAUCGAUUCUUAAAUUAUCAUCUAAUUCCGAUAAAAAGGUUCCUUCUAGUGUCAAAUUUUCCAAUGAUCAACCCCAAAUUAAUUUUACGCAUUCUGCUGACGACUACGAACGAGUCAUUGAUAUCGAUGCUGCAUUAAACGUAGCGCAAAAUGAAAUUGAAAAAAGCCUACGUAAUAUGGAUUUAGUUCCCGUAGAAUUGGCUAAAUACGAUAAACCUUUAGGUGUAACAAUCAAGAAAGUAUGGGUUGGAGAAAAUGGCGAAGGAGACGAUUUAUUAUCUGUUUAUAUAGACUCAAUUGUGCCUGGUGGAAUCGCCGAUCGAAGCAAAAAUGUUCGUGUUGGCGAUUUAAUCGUUCAAAUAGACCAAAAUUCACUUAUAGCUGCGACUGGUAGUGAUAUUGGUAAAGCUUUAGCAGGACUUAACGGCAUAGUAAAAUUUGUUUUUGGUCGAGAAAAGCCGAAACAGAAAAUUAGUGACACUUAUUCUGUGGAAAAACAGACGAUUAAGAAUAGUCAAGAGGUUAAGCAGAAUUCAAAUACCGUACGCUCCGUGCCUACAAAGACAAAACCUAUUCCUAAUGUAUCGGUACCUCCAGUUGAUGAAUCUUCAGAUGAAGACGAUGGAGACGAAUCAGAUAGUAGCGUUGAAGGUGCUUACCACUUUGGAAACGCUGACAGUGAUGGUAGUGUAGAUGGUGAUAAAGAAGUUGGCAGAGUCCCACCUGUACAAAUCACGGAAAAUAAAAAGAAUCUUAAGGCAGAUCCUAUCAAAGUAGCGGCAUUGAAGCAAGUAAAUAAUACUAAACAGAAUGCUACGAUAGGUAUCACUGCCAAGAAGGAAGAAGAGAUCAAAAUUAAUGCACCUUUAAUAAGUCAAAAAGAAAAGAAUAUAGAGAAGAAUAACACCAGUGCAAUGGUUAAUACACCUAGUACGCCUGCCAUUCCAAUUUCCGAACAAACAGCAAAGUUAGAGCGAGUUAAAUGUCUAGAAAAGGAACUGCAAGAGACCAAAGCGAUGUUGAAUGUUGCUCAAGAUAAAGUUACCAAAAAUACCACGAAUGUUGAACAAAUCAAAUCACUAGAAAAAGAAUUACAAGAGACUAAAACGACAUUGGAUAUUACUGAAAGCAAAUUAACAGCUACUACUAAUAAGAUCGCUGAAUUUGAAAAAUCGAGUAAUCAAGUCCUAGCAUUAGAAAAAAAAUUAUUAGAAGACCAAAUAGAUAGAUGGAAAAAUCGCGCAGAAACUGCUGAAAAACGCUUGUCUGUAGUUGAAAUCCAAUGUGAUAAUUUAAGAUCUGACCUUCUCGAAACAAAACGACAAAGUACCUUACUGAUGGAGCAAUUCUCCUUAUUGAAAGAGCAAGUCUUCAAUACUAAUAAAUAUGAUCCGAAAGAUAAAGAAUCAAUACCUGAUGAUAGUGACGAGAGUUCAGCAAAUGGUUCUUCAGAAGAGAAUUCUAUAGGUCCACCAAAGCCUCCUCGAGGUAAACGUGCUGCUCCUCCAAUACCGGUUUCGUCACUUGAUAAGGAUGAUCCCGAUGAAGUCAAAUUAAUUCAAAUCCUUCACCUUCUAAAAACCCAUAAAAUUGAAGCAAUCGAUUCUGAAUCAGAGUUGGCAGUAAAUUCAUCUGAAGAGCAACCUAACAAUGUACCGGUAUCCGCGCGUGCAAAUCAAAUUCAGCAGCCAAGUUCUAGCACCGAUUCAUUUCAACACUAUAGCAAGUCUCAUCCCGAUAUGUUUGUAGAAAAGAAAAAGAAUAUUUUUCAUAAACUUAAGUUUGGUCGUAAAUCCAAGAAAACAUACAACUUUGACGGAGCUAAUAGCGAGGUUGCUUAUGUUAAUGAAGAUGCCCCAACGGUUGCUGUCGGGGAGAUAACUGUGAGAAGAAGUAGAGAUGACCUUUAG